GUUUGCGCGGCAGAUUCUGGCAGAUGAUGUUUACAUUCACCAGUCCAGAGUCAACCUUCAGUCCGCCUUCAAGGGCGCGGGCUUCUCCUGGCACAGCGACUUUGAAACCUGGCAUGCGGAGGAUGGGAUGCCUUGUCCACGCAGUGCUUCCGUCGUGGUCUACCUGGAUAAGAACGUGGAGAGCAACGGGGCACUGAUGGUGGUGCCGGGAUCACACAAAAGUUUUCUCCGAUGUCCUGGUCGGCAGGAGGACGCCAAUUGGGAGAAGUCCUUGCAGUCACAGACCUAUGGAACGCCAGCAAAUGAGGAUAUCCUUGCGCUUGCGAACAAACAUGGCAUCCAACACUGUGUUGGCGAAGCUGGUGAUGUUCUCAUCUUUGACUCCAACCUUCUGCAUGCAUCCUGUGGCAACCGAUCGCCGUGGCAUCGGAGGAAUCUUUUCGUAGCGUUCAACUCUUGGGAGAACCGGCUGCAGUCUCCUUUCUAUGCGCAGGUCCCCCGCCCGGAGCAUGUGGCACAUCGAGACCGCAUUGCGCGGUUCGGCGCGGAUGCUGCUUGA